UCGCGGCCGCUGCGCUUCCGAAUGCAGCAGCUCGAGGCCCUGAAGAGGAUGGUGCAGGAGCGCGAGAAGGACAUCUUGUCAGCCAUCGCGGCGGACCUGAGCAAGAGUGAACUCAAUGCAUACAGUCAUGAAGUCAUUACUAUCCUUGGGGAAAUUGAUUUUAUGCUGGCAAAUCUUCCUGAAUUGGCUUCUGCUAAACCAGCUAAGAAGAACUUGCUUACCAUGUUGGAUGAGGCCUAUGUUCAGCCAGAGCCCCUGGGAGUUGUACUGAUUAUUGGAGCUUGGAACUACCCUUUCGUUCUCAUCAUGCAGCCACUGGUGGGAGCCAUCGCUGCAGGAAAUGCUGCGAUUGUUAAGCCUUCAGAACUAAGUGAAAACACAGCCAAGAUCUUGGCUAAGCUUCUCCCUCAAUAUUUAGACCAGGACCUGUAUUCGGUUGUUAAUGGUGGUGUCUCGGAGACCACAGAGCUCCUGAAGCAGCGGUUUGAUCACAUUCUCUACACAGGAAACACUGCAGUGGGAAAAAUUGUUAUGGAAGCUGCUGCCAAGCACCUGACCCCUGUGACCCUGGAACUCGGGGGGAAAAGCCCGUGUUACAUUGACAGAGACUGUGAUCUGGACAUCGCUUGCAGACGAAUAACUUGGGGAAAGUACAUGAAUUGUGGUCAAACCUGUAUUGCUCCAGACUAUGUCCUCUGUGAAGCCUCCCUCCAGGAUCGGAUAGUGCAGAAGAUUAAGGAAACGGUGAAGGACUUUUAUGGGGAAAAUAUAAAAGAGUCUCCUGAUUAUGAAAGGAUCAUCAAUAAUCUUCACUUUAAGAGGUUACAGAGUUUGCUUGAAGGACAGAAAAUAGCUUUUGGCGGGGAGACUGAUGAGGUCACACGCUACAUAGCUCCAACCAUACUUACUGAUGUUGAUCCUAAUUCCAAGGUGAUGCAAGAAGAAAUUUUUGGACCAAUUCUUCCAAUAGUGUCUGUGAAAAAUGUAGAUGAAGCCAUUAAUUUCAUAAAUGAUCGUGAGAAGCCCCUGGCGCUCUACAUAUUUUCUCAUAACAAUAAGCUCAUCAAACGGGUGAUUGACGAAACAUCCAGCGGUGGAGUCACAGGCAAUGAUGUCAUCAUGCACUUCACUGUCAAUUCUUUGCCCUUUGGAGGUGUGGGUGCCAGUGGAAUGGGGGCUUAUCAUGGAAAGUACAGUUUUGAUACUUUUUCUCAUCAACGCCCCUGUUUAUUAAAAGGGCUAAAGGGAGAAAGUGUUAACAAGCUCAGAUACCCCCCCAACAGUCAGUCCAAGAUGGGGUGGGGGAAGUUCUUCCUCCUGAAACAGUUCAGCAGAGGAGGGCUGGUGAUGCUGAUGGUUGCAUGCUUGGCUGUGGCUGCAGCUAUGAUUGUCAAGAAAUACCAAGCUCUGCCGAGGGGGAAUGCCCUGUUGGCUUCUCUGGCAGUUCACAGACUGCGCUGGUCCAGUAAACACUCAUGAUCAAAUCUCAGCUGUCUGUUGAGAGUGAGGAAUACCUGUAAUGACUUCCUCGUAGCCUCUACUGAAUUAUUCCUCUACUAAAUGGUUGCCAAACCAAUACUUUAAAAAUCGUACCCGAGCCAGGUAAUUUACAGAUGUACUGCAAUCAAACCUAAGUUGUUGCCACUUACCAUUAACGAAACUCACUGUUUGAGCCAAAUUCCAGCAUUUGUCAGCAGUGACGGUACUAGGAGGAUGUAGACUGUGCUGGGGUGAGAACAUGUCUCACCAAAUCCCAGCUUCACGGGGAUGUGCCAGGGAGAACAGUAGCUGUUCCAUGGCUUCUUUGCUCCAGUUCAUAACACUUCCCACUACUGCAUCUUCUGCUGCUGGGCAUCAGUAAAGCUCUCAAGUGUCAACACAGCCCAGGCUUAACACCUGUCCUCUACUGUCUGGAGAAGUGAGGUUAGGUCUUCCCAGCUCCUGUUAGGGGUUGAGGUACUAAAACUGGGCAAGUGGAUACAUCCGCCUCAUCCACCGUGACGAGACUCUGGCCUUCAGGAGUGGGCUCUCCAUCUAAACAGCCUUUGUUGUUUGUUGCACAUCACCCAAAGUAUGUGUGUCUGUGACAGUCUGUUGUGAGUGUCCACAGUGCCUUUAUGAUGACUUAAACUACACUGAGCCUCUUGCCAAGAAGCAGUGCUUUCUUUGUGAAUACCACUGAGAGCUUCUUGUGGUCACAACUGUCCCAGAGGCUGAGGCUAGAAAACCCCAGAUCCCCAGGCUAUGCUACAUAGUGAGGGCACACACCCCCAUUCUCCAUAGACCCCUCAAGAUCCUAAAGUCACACAGAUCUUCAAGGAUAAGGCUUUUCUUGUUUUCAUAGCACAAUGCAAGGAAGUUGUGCUUUUUAAAUUUUAGAGAUCCCUUUCUGAAUAAAUCUAGCCUACAGAUCUUAAAGUGUGGACCAGCAGAUGAACAGGGAGAUGUUAGGAUCUGAGGCUCCAGAAUGCACAGGACAGAGACUGUUGGACAAUGCUGUGAGCUGGUGAAACACACUGAAAGGGAUGGAUGGUAGGAAGAGCUUACGAGCACUAGGGCCAUUAUCACUCAGAUCCUAAUGUGUCCAAGCGGGGGAGUAGCAAAGGAGAUCUGUGUGAAACUCAACUCCCUGCUGCCAGGGCCUGGCCGCGCACAGAGCUCCAAACUGCAGAGCCCCCACUGCCUUCCUGGGAUUUAGAUCAAGACUUGACCUACUCGAUGAGAAUGUAACUUGCUUUAUUGAAUGUAUAGCCAUCUUUGCUGAAUAACCUGUCAUUGAGGCUGUCUGAAGGGUGUUGUCUCUACUAAAGUAUGAGGUAUCAAAACCAAAUCAUUGGCCUGUGUAGCAAGUAGUUGCUUAAGUGGCAAUUGUCAUUGACUAAUCAUAAAAUAUUUUGCACAAAAUUUCAAUGUAGAACUUAUACUUAUUAUUAUAUUAAAUUAUAAAUCAUAGCUUUUAGUUAAGCUAGAAUACUUACACAUUAUACUGAUCUUCAAAAUAAAUAUAUUUCAUAAGUUGU